GGCCCCGACUCGCCCAUUACCGAGAGGGCAUCACCCCGCCCGGCCCGGCCAGUCAUUGAGGAGGUUUUGAGGGAAACUUUUGGCGUUAUUCUUGAGUAGGGAAGGCCAGCUGAACAGUCACUGACCUGCAGGGGAGUGACUAACCUGACCACACGCCGCGGAGCGAAGCAGCAGAGUUUAUUGCUGGAUUUUAAAGUACUUUUUCUGGAGAGUCGCGAUUCCGACCACAAAACAAUGCGGGGACACGGGACCUGGAUGCUAAAGCGGUAGCCUAGAGCUACUGUCCGUUAGUGGAGCAGACAAGAAAGAAGAGAAGAGCAGUUUUUGAGUUUCUGUUUUUAUUCUCCACUUUAAAGUUGUACUGUCGAUGUUCGGCAAAGGCCAGGACCGCGUUAUGAGCUGGGAAAAGUAGUCCCGGCGCUGCUGUACGGGGAAACGAGCUGCUGGAUGCGGGGACGCCCCCAUUGCCCUCAGGCUACGGGAACAACUCGAGCCCCCGGCUCCGAAACCGGCCUGGACGCACAAUAAGCCUUUUCUCCCGUUUGAGGAACUGUGAGAGUUUUGUUUUUGAGCUUCACGGAGCCAGGCGAAAGCGAUAUCUUAGAGGAAAUGCUCCGAGCCUGAAGGAAACCUUUCAUUGUUCAGUGCAGCCUGGUAGUCGUGCAUUUUUUCAAAGUAACAGAAUGGCGUCUUAUGUGGACAACAGCUUUCGUCAGGCGAUUAUGAAGAGCCCGGCCGAGAGGACGCAACAGGACCUGCAGGUUGUGUACUCGUAUCUGCAUGGGAUGGAAGCACUGUCCAACCUGAGAGAACACCAGCUCAGGUUGAUGUGUGAAACGGUUCGCUAUGAGCAGCACGAGGCCAAUGCGGUUUUAUACUAUCCGGAUGACAUUGGGACCUGCUGGUACAUCCUGCUGUCUGGCUCGGUCUUCAUAAAGGAGUCCAUGUUUCUACCACGUAGCAGUUUUGGGAAACGCUCUGCAGGCAGUCUGCGUCGAGGGUGUGAGUGUAUUGUCCUUGAAGCCUCAGAAAUGAUAGUGGUGGACUACAUGGAGGACAGUGAGGAGUAUUUUCAGAGGCAGGCGUCCCACCGGCAGUCCAGGAGAAGGUUCCGGAAAAUAAACCAGCGCGGCGAGAGACAGACAAUCAUUGAUACAGUCGAGCACUAUCCAGUCAGCAAGCCUCCUCUACCACCAGGCUACCACACGCUUCCUGCAGAUUUCUCUAAGCUCCACCUUUCAGACAGUCUCCACCUCCACAUGUCCUCCAGCCAAUCACGAUCCAGCAUUGCCAGUGACUCGGGAAGCAGUAGCCUAUCGGAUAUUUACCAGGCUACUGAGAGUGAGUGUGGCGAUGUGGAUCUCAGUGGACUGCCUGAAACGGCGGUGGACUCGGAUGAGGACGAGGACGAUGAAGAUGUGGGGAGGUCAUCGGAUCCCCUCAUGAGUCGGGACAUAGUGAGAGACUGCCUGGAGAAAGACCCCAUGGAUCGUACAGAUGAUGACAUUGAGCAGUUACUGGAGUUUGUGCAGCAGCUCCCAGCAUUCGCCAGUCUGAGUGUCUCUGUGAGGCGAGAGCUGUGUGCUGUUAUGGUGUUUGCCGUGGUGGAGCGGGCAGGGACCAUCGUACUCAACCACGGAGAGGAGCUGGACUCGUGGUCAGUAAUCCUGAAUGGGGCUGUGGAGGUGAUGUAUCCAGAUGGACAGUGUGAGACUGUAGGCAUGGGGGGCAGUUUCGGGGUCUCUCCCUGCCUGGAGAAAGAGCUGAUGGUCGGCGUCAUGAGGACCAAAGUGGACGACUGCCAGUUUGUGUGUAUAGCACAGCAGGACUACUGCUGCAUAUUGAAUCAGGUGGAGCAGAACACGCAGCGGGUAGAGGAGGAAGGAGAGAUAGUCAUGGUGAAAGAACACAGAGAACUCGACCGCACGGGAACCCGCAAGGGCCACAUCGUCGUCAAGGGCACAUCAGAGCGAUUGAUUCAGCAUUUAGUGGAGGAUCACUCUGUGGUGGACCCCACAUAUAUUGAAGACUUCCUGCUGACCUAUCGCACAUUUAUGUCCAGUCCUCUCAUCAUUGGCCAAAGACUACUGGACUGGUUUAAUGACCCCAGUCUACGUGAUAAGGUGACACGGGUUGUGUUGCUGUGGGUUAAUAAUCACUUUAGUGACUUUGAGGGAGACCCUGACAUGACCAACUUCCUGGAGGAGUUCCAGAACUGUCUGGAAAGAGAAAAGAUGGCUGGUCAGUUGCGCUUGUUGAACAUUGCAUGCGCUGCUAAGGCCAAACCUCGAGUGGUUUCCAUCACAAGGGUCUCACGGGAGAUGCCCCUCCCCUUCACUCUUAUUGGUGGUGCCGAGAGAGGGACACGCCUCUUCAUUAGCAGUGUGGAAGUAGGCAGCAAGGCAGAGGAGGCGGGGCUUAAGCGUGGAGACCAGAUAUUAGAAGUGAAUGGGCAAACCUUUGAGAAUGUACAGUUGUCCAAAGCCACUGAGAUCCUCAAGAACAACAUGCAUCUGUCCAUGACAGUCAAAACCAACCUUUUGGUCUUUAAGGAGCUGGUGGUCCGAGUAGCGGAGGAGCGAAAGAACGGUGUUCCUCAUCUCCCUAAAAUUGGCGAUGGGAAGAAAAACUCCCGUUAUUCUGUACCUGAUCUUGGGGUUGCAACUGGGGUCAUCAGUCAAGAAAAGGUCAGCAAGAAGGCCAAAGCACACACGGUGGGCGGCCGCAACAAACUGAUGAAGAUUCUGGACAAAACGCGCAUCAGCAUCCUACCUCAGAAACCAUACAGUGACCUCGGGUUGGGGCAAACGCAAGACGACACCGUCGUGGGUCUGAGGCAGGCCAAGCAGCCUCCGCCCGCUGUGCCGGUCAGUGGAAACCUGUCAUCCAGCAACCCCGACUUGGCACAAGGCCAACAGCGUAUCAUUGAUUACAGCACGCAACCACCCGCACCUGGAUUCACUCAAUUACAAGAUCAGGUGCUGCGAGUUUUCAAGGCAGACCAACAAAGUCGCUACCUGCUGAUCAAUAGGGACACCACAGCCCGAGAGGCCGCCAAUCUGGCCAUCAGAGAGUUUGGUCUCACUGCAGGACCUGAAGCUUAUUCUCUGUGUGAGGUAUCUGUCACACCUGAGGGCGUCAUCAAACAGAGGCGACUCCCAGACCAGCUCUCAAAACUGGCCGACAGGAUUCAGCUCUGUGCCAGGUACUACCUUAAGAGUAAUAUGGAAACUGAGACUUUGUGUUCGGACGUCGAAGCUCAGGAACUGCAGCGGGAGUCUCAGGUGUGUCUGCUGUCUCUGAGCUCCAUGGAGAUGGCCAAUCAGCUCUCAGCACGCAACUACCUGCUCUUCGCCAGCGUCGAGCCCACAGAUUAUAUCAUAGACCUCUUCAAGCUCCGACCACAUGACCCGCCCACCAACCUCCGCAGCUUUGAAGACCUCAUCAAUCUGGAGACCUUCUGGGUCGCCACGGAGAUUGUGCGGGAGUCUAACCAAGUCAAAAGAAUGAAGAUUAUCAAGCACUUCAUAAAAGUCGCCCUGCACUGCAGAGACUGCAAGAACUUCAACUCCAUGUUUGCCAUUAUCAGCGGGUUGAAUCUGGCCCCUGUCUCUCGGCUGCGUGCUACUUGGGAGCGGCUGCCUGGUAAAUAUGAGAAGCUGUUGUCUGAGCUGCAGGAAGUCUUCGAUCCAUCACGGAACAUGGCCAAAUACCGCAACCUGCUGAACAAGCACAACCUCCAGCCUCCGAUCAUCCCUCUUUUCCCUGUCAUCAAAAAAGACCUCACCUUUCUCCACGAGGGCAAUGCCUCUAAAGUGGAUGGUCUGGUGAACUUUGAGAAGCUGAGGAUGAUCGCACGAGAGAUCAGACACGUGGUUAGAAUGGCUACCGUCAACAUGGACCCAACUAUGCUCUUUAAGACCAGGAAGAAAAAGUGGAGGAGUCUUGGGUCUCUGAGUCAGGUGAGCAGCUCCUCUCUGUCUGAGGUGGGAACGGUGGGCCAGCGGAGACGCGGCAGGCGGAGCUCCUUCCUCAGUGCUAAGAAACUGUACGAGGCAGAGAUGAUGAGCAGACGAGUGCGUCAGUAUCUCGACACCCUCUCAUAUGAGAGUGACGAAGACACCUUACAUACACUCUCCCUGCAGUGGGAGCCUGCCACCAACACAGUGUGUAAGACGACUGCAGAAAAGAGGAGAGUUGACGCCUCUCCAGUCAGUCAGAGAAGCUCCACUCCAAACCAACCAUCUCGCAAGAAGCCACCUGGCAAAGAAUUGCCCCCAUUUGGUGCCCGAUCACCGGGGUCCUUAAAGAAGAUUCUCUCUCUCUCAGAGGAGGGGCAAGAGAGGCAGAGAACACAGCCAGAUGACAACCAAUCAAAUGCCUCCUCUCUGCUGUCUUCCCCACCCACUUCACCCAACAUCACACCCAGAAAAGGGCCGUACCUGGCUGUGUCUGAAGCACCAGAUCAGCUGAGUCUCCUGAGCUCUUCGUCCUCUGACCUCAUCAUGGCAGACGACCACACACACACUCACACACACGGGCUCUCUCACACACAUACGCAUGCACACAACACACACCGUACGGAGCCAGACCAGAUCAGCCUCGGUUCCUACUCACUGACCCAGGACCAGUGCGACCGCGCCUCAUUGGACGCAGCGGACAGCGGGCGGGGCAGUUGGACCUCCUGCUCCAGCGGUUCCCAUGACAACAUACAGAGCAUUCCACAGCGUAUAGGCUGCUAUGACAGCCGCAGCUGGGAGACACUGUCGGAGGUGCCAGCGAUGGGGCGAAGUCAUUCGGCCACACCCAUCACUUACUGGGGAGACGAUUCUGAAGGCGACACGGGGACAAUCAAGCGCAGAGGGGGGAAAGAUGAGGUUCCGAACGUGCCGAAAACGGCAAGUCGGAGAGAGCGCCGGUUCCGUGAGCCCCCGCCCACCCCGCCUGGCUACACCGCGCUAUCAGUGGCUGAGGCGGAGGAGCUCAGCCACAGUUACGUGCACGGUCGACGCCCGCCAGAUUACAACUCAGCCCUGCAGAGGUCCCGCCUCAUGAAGAGGUCCUGUGACUUAGAACCACCUCCACAGCCACGCCUGCCCAGCCGCUUGCACGGAUACACCCACUGUCCUUCACCGCGGCGAGCAGCAUGUGAUGAAAACGAGCAGGUCUCUGCGGUAUGAAAAUGCUCCAUCCCUCUCAGCGCACUGCGGCUGUUUGUUCAUUAAUGUAGCACGCUGUUAAAAUUCACAAUCUCACUGAAAUCUCACUGAAACCUGUGGCCAGUCCUCACAGCAGAACCAGACCAGACUCUUUACUUCUGCUGUCAUCUGAUUGGUGCCUGUAGCUGUCAGUCAACUCCAUGAGGGGAACAGAUUUUGUGGCGGAGAGACUAAACGCCACAAAAUGUUCUUUACAAUCACUGUGAGAGGCGUAAGAAGAGAUGUUUUGGCACUUUGAAGGAAAGAAAAAACAUUGAAUGAUGAAGGAAGAUGGACAACUUGAAUGAAAGAUUGUUUGUUUGUUUUUUUGUUUUGUUUUUCUUUUCUGUUUUUACAUUGAAAGUGGUUUUAUCUUGGAAACAGUGUUAUUUUAAUUGUUGUCUGAAGUCAGCGCAGUCUAUUGAUGUGUGUACGUUUAGUGUGUGUGUGAUGCAUGUAAAAUUACUUGAAUCAGAGUGUGUGUGUGUGUGUGUGUGUGUGUGUGUUGAGUGGGUAUUUCUGCUCUUCAGACACGGAGAAGCUGCCUGUAUUAGACCUCAGAAACAACGUAAUUCAGUGUUAACAUCAGUAUUCAGUCGAUCACGAUGUUAUUAUGGUUUGAAUCAUGUUCUCUCUUCUGUUUAUAUUCCCACCUCGGUUUCCAAAUGUGAUCACCAGCAUUUGUAUUACUGUUUUUUUUUUUGUUGUUGUUGUUUUUAAAUAAUGGUGUAUUUUAUUACUGAAUCAGUUUCAUUCCUCUCUUUGCCAAUCAAGUGGUAUCAGGCACAAACUGUAACUGUUGCACAAAUGGAAAAGUGUAAAACUAGAAUGUUUGCGUAGUUAAUACUUGUUUAUAAAUAUAGUUAUUGCAUAGCUACUUCCUUUAUUUUUUACAUAUGCUUUAAUUCAAGCGAAAUGAACUGUUAGAACGCCUCCCAAGUCUCCGUCUCCCUUCCAAGCCCCAUCUUUUCAUACCACAUGUAUUUCUAUGUCUUUUAAAAAGACACGUGGCGAAGUCUGUAUCACAUUUUGUAUUUUUAAUACAAUAAUUGUAAAUAUUGGUUAUAUUUUGUUUAAAAUUUCAGAGAGAUAUAAGACUGUUUGAGGAAACAUUCAGCUGCCAUGAGUUUGAAUGACUGACCAAGAAUAAAUACUGUAGCAAUGGAGUGUC